AAGUUAGUUUGGACUGGGAAGAUCGUCCAACAGGGACUUUUAAAAAAAAAACAAAAAAAAAACAUUCCAACAUGUCCUUACAGUUUAAAGAUGCAUUUUGGGGGGUUGAUUUCAUCAGUAAUAUUGGAUAUGAGACGAUCACUCAGAGACUCAGUGAUGGGCGACGAACAUGCAAAGACCUGGAGGAGCUCCUGAAAAUGAGAGCAUCAGCGGAGGAGAAAUAUGGCAAGGAACUGGUCACAAUUGCCCGCAAGGCUGGAGGUGUAUAUGAGAUCAGCACUCUAAGAGCAUCUUUUGAUGAAAUGAAAACACAAAUAGAAAAUGUUGGAAACCUGCACAUUCAGCUGUCUGGAUUCCUCAAGGACGAGGUGAAGAGAAUGGAGCAGUUCCGAGAACGACAGAAGGAACAAAGAAAAAAAUUUGAAGUCAUCAUGGAGAAGGUCCAGAAGACAAAAGUCUCCCUAUAUAAGAAAACAAUAGAAUCGAAAAGAUCUUAUGAGCAGCGCUGCAGAGAUGCUGAUGAAGCAGAACAAAACGCAGAAAAGAUGGGCAACACAUCGACAGCAACACCCAAACUUAUUGAGAAGACGAACAACAAGGCUAAACAAUGCAGAGAAGCAGCACAAGAGGCUGAGAAACAGUACAGAUCAAACAUUGAACAGCUCGACAAGAGUCGCCAAGAAUGGGAGUCAACACACAUAAGCACCUGUGAGAUGUUUCAACAGCAAGAAGAAGACCGCCUCAACAUACUUAGGAACGCUCUGUGGGUGCACACAAACCAUUUAUCGAUUCAGUCUGUGAAAGAUGAUGAGUGUUAUGAAGAAGUCAGAAAAGUGCUAGAAAAGUGUGACAUCAUCACAGACAACAACUGCUUUGUGGAGAUGAAAAAAACUGGCUCGACCCCAGCAGCUCCAAUCGAAUAUCAAAGCUACUAUGAAAGAGAUGCCGCAGCCGACAGAAAUGGAAGCACUGGAUUUGUAGGUGGAGUCAUGAAAAGGUUUUCAAAUCUUCUGCAGGGAAACAGUGGCUCUAAACUAAACAUCAAUGAACCCACGCAACACACUGCUGAGACAUCAGAUGGAGUUUACGCCUCCGUUCCUGGAUUCCCUGCGUCCCAGCCGACCAGUGAGGAGUACAAAGUCAUCUAUGAAUAUGUGGCCCAGGGGGAUGAUGAGCUGUCUGUGUCUGUGGGAGACAUUGUGGUUGUUAUAGACAGAGGUGAAGAUGGCUGGUGGACGGUGCGGAGGAACGGCCUUUCAGGACUGGUUCCAGGCUCUUAUCUGGCCCUAGAAUGAGACUACCUGGGAGUCAUCACGGCUCCUGUUUCCACCUCUUAUUUUGUGUUGUGUAUUACUGUCAUUUCAUGUUAUUUAUACUUCAGUUGUAUCUGCUGUUUUUAACUGUCCAGUGGAUCAGUAAAGCUCCUGAGUUGGAACUGAAAAUAACAAACUUUGCCCCUCCCUAGUGGUAGAAUCCAGAAAGACACUGACAGAAUAAUGCAUGGAGCUGAAGCAACAUUUAUCAUAGCAACUGUGGAUCUCAAGCUUUUAAUGACAGAAAUUAAAGCUACUCAGUGGAUCAACAUACAUGACGAAAAACUUAAGGAAAGAGAUAAUAUGAAGUUAUCUUUUAUUGCUAUGGCAGAUAUUCCUGCGACUUUGCUCUUUCACUUGGUGUGUUUGGGUUUACUGAUCCACAGCAGGAGGUCACCGCACUAAAGACUUCCAUAGGAUUGUGGGUAUUCUUGUAUUGUUGCACUCUUAAACUAAAUGUUGCACAGAAUUUCAUUUUCCUUAUUUUGACAUAUUAUGUGAAUGUUUUUCUAUAAUAUAUAUAUAAAAAGAUAUUUCAUUGUG